AUGCAUCUUCCUCGUGACAGCAAUGGUGGCGACGCCAGCUACCGCGCCCCGCUCGCCGAGCCCCUGCUCGACAGGCCUCGCCGGCAGGACUGGCUCGGUCUCUUGCGCGGCGGCCCGACGACGUCGUCGUCAGCUGGCUGGGGCGCCGUGUACUGGGCAUCCGUGCGCUCGACGUGCAGGGAAUGGAUCACGCACCCCAUGAACGCCGCGCUGCUGCUGUGGCUCCUCUGCGUGGGCGCCUCGGGCGGGAUGCUCGCGCUGCUCCUCCUGGGCCUCCUCGACGGCGCGAUCCCGGCGCCCGCGGCAAGGAGCCACUGGGCCGAGGUGAACAACCAGGUGCUCAACGCGCUCUUCACGCUCAUGAGCCUCUACCAGCACCCGGCGCUCCUCCACCACCUCUUCCUGCUCUGCCGCUGGCGCCUGCCCGCCGACGCCGCCGAGCUGCGCGCCGCGUACUGCAGCGCCGGCGGCCAGGGCCAAGCACGCGCAGGCGAGCGCGCGCACGUGGCCGUCGUCGUCGCGCUGCUCCACAUCACCGUCGGCUGCCAGUACGCGCUCUGCUGGCUCUACUGGUGCUUCACCGGGAACACCCGCCCCGAGGUCCUGGAGGACGGCUUCACCGCGCUCGGUGUCGCCGCGCCCGUCCUCGCCGUCGUGUACACCAUGUGUAGCCCGCUGGGAAGUGACCCCUCCGGCGACCUCGACGCCCCGUCGGUGCCCGCGCAAUGCCCCAGCACGUUGGCGCACGCUGACGCCGUGGUGGUGGUGGAGCCGGAGUGGGCCGGCGGCAUGUUCGACUUCGAUAUCGGCGAGUCCGCACCCGCGUGCUGCCUCUCCCUCUCCUGCACCUUCUGCGUCUUCGGGUGGAACGCCGAGAGGCUCGGCUUCGGCAACGCGUGCGUGCACGCCGCCACGUUCGCGCUCCUCUGCCUCGCGCCGCUGUGGGUGUUGGGCGUCACGGCGCUCCGCGUCCACGACGCGGCCGUGGGCGACGUGGUGGGCGGCGCCGGCGUGCUGCUCUGCGCGGGCGGCCUCCUCUACGGCGGCUACUGGAGGGUCCAGAUGCGGAGAAAGUUCAGGCUCCCUGGGAGCGCCGAGUGCUGCGGCUCCAAGUCCGCCACGGACUACGCGAGCUGGCUCUUCUGCUGGCCGUGCGCGCUGGCGCAGGAGGUGCGCACGGCGAGCCUCUACCAUAUCCAUGGCGAGAGCUUCUUCUACCGGAAGGCAGCUGCCGCCGAGAACCACGAGCCAUUGCUACCGCCGCGUCACUGUGCCGAUCCAGCCAUUGCGCCCGGCACAAGUGUGUCUGCGGAGCCAGAUGAGCACUUGCUCGUGGUUGUUCAUGAUGAGAUGGUUCCACCACCGGAGGUUCAGGUUGUAGUGGUGGCAGACAAGGACACAUGCCAGGAAUGCAAUGUCGUUCAUAUCCACGAGAAGAUCGAACCGCCGGUACCGACAUCGGCGAUCGACUUGGAAGAGGACCAGAGAUUGUCCUCUGGAAUAUGGAGGUUGGAGAAGCUGAAGAGGAUGAUCAAUGUGGUCGCCAUGGUGUCUUUUCUACUUCUUUUGUACACAAGGGGAUUCAUUCGAUAG